AGGCAGUGCGCACUGCUCACACAGCUGAGGGGGCUGUUAGUGCAGCGCUCGGCUCUACAUGACGGAUUAGUGGCGCUGCUCACACACACACCAGCAGCACUUUGUACAGGAAUACAGCACAAUUUAUACCGCCUUGUGUUUGUAGGCCUCGGAUUAAAGCCGCCAGAGUCCUGUGAUGGCGGGGUGAUGCUAACGGCUAAUGCUAACGCUAGCUAGCGUUAGCUGUACAUACAGCCUGUUUAUGAGCACGACUUCUGUUUCUCACGGAUAAUAACGACUCUAACGUUAUAUUACUACUUAUUUAUCACCGUGUUUUAUUCACAGCCGUAUUUAUUUACUCUGAUACACGUCUGCAGCUACACCGCUAACUAGCGCGUUAGCAUCCAAGCUAAAGGCUAACAAACCUGGAUAAGUUUGUCACCGUUUCAGUUUUUACUUAGAAGUCCAAAUGUUUUAUUAAUGUUUACGGAAAUGUAGGAACGGGCAAUUGUUUAUAUGUCUGUCUGGUUAUGUUAGUUAUCAGCCUGAGAGAGCGCGAGACUCCCUGUAAAUAUAACUAGCAUUAUGCUAAUAGGCUAAUAGUUUAUAGGUCUGCAGGAAAGAUGAAUGAAGCUCAUCAUCAGGACUGUAGUGUGGGGUCAAAUAUGUACAUCUGGUGAAGGACUGUGUGUUACUGUGUGUGUUACUGUGUGUGUUACUGUGUGUGUUACUGUGUGUUACUGUGUGUUACUGUGUGUGUUAUUGUUGACUGGUUUGUGUAGGAAUGCAGUUAGAUGAUGAAGAUAAUAAUGCAGUUAGAGGAUGAUGGUGGUGAUGAAGAUAAUAAUAAUAAUAAUGCGGUUAGACAUGACACCAUAUGAUGAUGAUGAAGAUGAUGAUGAGGAUAAUAAUGCAAUUAGAGGAUGAUGGUGAUGAUGAAGAUAAUAAUAAUAAUAAUGCAGUUAGACAUGACACCAGAUGAUGAUGAGGAUAAUAAUGCAGUUAGAGGAUGAUGGUGAUGAUGAAGAUAAUAAUAAUAAUAAUAAUGCAGUUAGACAUGACACCAUAUGAUGAUGAUGAGGAUAAUAAUGCAGUUAGAGGAUGAUGAAGAGGAGGAUAAUAAGUGCUGCUGUUUUGAAGUUGUUGAAGGUGGUAAGCUUUAGGACAGGGAUGAUAGAUAGGAUCUUAUAGAAGACAGACGUACAGAAAAGUGUAUAAAGUGACUAGUGACGUCAUACGUGUGUGUUGGCACAAGUGUGACAUUCAUUCAAGUCAGACGUUCUGUAGAAAAGUGAGACCCAUCACUCUGGUACUCUCACAGCAUCAGCUUCAGGCGCCCUUAACCCUGAUGAGCCGGAGACGCUCUGUCCAGUGUCUCUGAGCUGUAUUGCUCAGAUGGAGGAGAGACUUGAGGACUGUGUGGUCCAUCCUGCACACUAAAGAGCCAGUGCAGAACACUGUAGUGUGGUGUCAGUAUCAGGCUGUUACUCCUCUACCACCAGAGGACAGUGUGACCCCCACCUCAUCUCUUUAUGUCCUACAGCCUGACACUUAUACAAGUGCGCAUUAGUCCUAAUGAACAGCUGCAUAGGUGGCAGUAGGUGUGUGAGUAACGUCUCGAAACACACACGAGACUGUGUGGGAGGUAAAGGAAGAGCCAAAGUGUGUUUAAGGAAAGCCGUACGAAGUGAUGGACGAGCACACAGUACAUCAGACGGAGCACAUGACCACCAUCGAGGCCCAUGCUGUAUCUCAACAGGUUCACGUGUCUACAUACACGGAGCACAGUAUGCUCAGCGCUGACGAGGACUCGCCUUCUUCCCCCGACGACGACACAUAUGAUGACUCGGACAUCCUCAACUCAGCAGGAACAGAUGAGGUUACAGCACACUUGGCAGCUGCAGGUCCAGUCGGCAUGGCUGCUGCCGCUGCUGUAGCGACAGGGAAAAAACGCAAGCGACCGCACAUCUUCGAAUCGAACCCGUCGAUACGCAAAAGACAGCAGACUCGCCUGCUCAGGAAGUUGAGAGCAACACUGGACGAAUACACAACACGAGUGGGUCAGCAGGCCAUCGUUCUCUGUAUUUCUCCAUCUAAGCCCAAUGCUGUGUUUAAGGUGUUCGGUGCUGCACCUCUGGAGAAUGUGGUCAGAAAGUACAAAAGUAUGAUUCUGGAGGAUCUGGAGAACGCCCUGGCUGAACACGCACCACCCGGCGGUGGAGACCUGAGCUCUGAGCUGCCUCCACUCACCAUCGAUGGCAUCCCCGUGUCUGUGGAUAAAAUGACGCAGGCUCAGCUCCGAGCUUUUAUCCCUGAGAUGCUGAAAUACUCUACAGGUCGAGGGAAACCCGGCUGGGGGAAAGAGAGCUGUAAGCCUGUUUGGUGGCCAGACGACAUUCCCUGGGCCAAUGUGAGAAGUGAUGUGCGUACAGAGGACCAGAAACAGCGGGUGUCAUGGACACAGGCCCUGAGGACGAUUGUUAAGAACUGCUACAAGCAGCAUGGGAGAGAGGACUUACUCUAUGCAUUUGAAGAUCAGCAGGUCACACCUCAGCAGGUUGCGGCGGCGGCGGCAGCGGCGGCGGCAGCAGCCACACACAGCAUAGCACACCUGGUGCCUUCACAAACAGUGGUUCAGACGAUCAGUAACCCUGAUGGAACCGUCUCGCUCAUACAGGUGGGCACCGGAGCGACCGUAGCCACACUUACUGAUGCAUCAGAUUUACCUGGUACCGUCACCGUAGCCCAGGUCAACUACUCCACAGUGACAGACGGGGAGGUGGAGCAGAACUGGGCGACGUUGCAGGGAGGUGAGAUGACCAUUCAGACCACGCAAGCGUCCGAGGCUACGCAGGCCGUGGCGUCUUUAGCAGAGGCCGCUGUCGCUGCUUCCCAAGACAUGCAGCCGGGAGCGACAGUUACCAUGGCACUCAACAGUGAGGCAGCAGCCCACGCUGUAGCGACGCUGGCAGAGGCUACGCUUCAAGGAGGUGGACAGAUCGUGUUGGCUGGAGAGACAGCAGCUGCAGUAGGAGCUCUCACUGGAGUGCAAGAUGCCAAUGGUUUAGUCCAGAUUCCCGUGAGCAUGUAUCAGACCGUAGUUACCAGUCUGGCUCAGGGAAAUCGACCCGUUCAAGUUGCCAUGGCUCCCGUUUCCACACGCAUCGACAACACCGUAACUUUGGAUGGCCAAGCUGUGGAGGUUGUAACCUUAGAACAGUGACACAAGUAUGUGGGCUAAAAACCUGAGCCUUUGCAGAAAUUGAUAUUUUUAACAGGGAAUUAUCAAGGAUUCAUGUCUCUUUUUUUUUUAGUAGUGUAAUGGCUGUGUUUCAAAUGUUUGGAUUUUUUUUUUGUUUUUGUGUUUCUAGUCAUAGGAUAUAAAUAGACCAAAUAAAAUGGACCAAAUUCAGUGCGGCGGCGGCGGCAGCAGCCUCCUGAAUCAAAUACUCCUCCGUUUGUUUCUAGCCAAAAUGACCAUUUGUUUUUUCCUUUGUUUUAAUAGCUCAACUUUUUUCAUCUACAUGUUGAUUUCUGAACAGUGUGUUUGUGCCAUUUUACUUCCACUUUUGUUGUCAUAAAAGUAAAAAGUAAAAAAAAACUAAAAGCUGUGCUAAUUUGCUUGCGUUGUGAUAGACCUGAUGUAGGGCAGAAGAGAAGGUUUAACUGUACGUGUUGUUCUGCAUGUGUCACAGAUUCAUCUACACAAUACAUAUAACAUGUCCCUACAUUUAAUGAGCUACACAACGUCGCACCAGAUAUUUGUUCCUAAGUAUUAUCUUACAAACUGGAAUGUCUCGAAGAUGUCUCUUUUGUUUCUCACUGACAUUAAACAUGUUUAAUACUAAACACACUGUUUUACAUAAAUACUAAAAGGAUUUCUCGAUACAAAUGUUUGCCUCUAUAUUUUAUAUGGAUUUGAGUAGACUGUAGGUCUGUGCUGUGUCACAGGCUUUGACAUCCUGUAAAUCUAUCCCUCAGCUCAAUUCCAACCAUGUCUUCCUCUAUAACUGCUCAUUGCUUUAUUUACUCAAUUGGAUUUCUCUUGUACAUCGACAUGCAGAAGCAGCCGGUGAGGGUCAAACUCUUCUAGGUUGCUGAUUGUAUCAUUAAAAUAACAGCAUAUUGCAUUUUAUUACGUCGAGUCUCCUGCGACGAGGGCGGAUACGCCAUCUAUAACACGACCCCACACGUGACGACAGUAUAUAAUCUUCUCCUUUAGGUCUCUUGUUGUUUUUGACCAGAGGAAAGGAGUUAGGUUGCGUACAGUAUAUAACUCCUCAUGUGAGAGUACAUGAUGUCAGCCUGUGCUCAUCAUAACCUCUUGUUAUUCUUGUACAAGGAUUGAUAUGUUCUGCAUUUUGACAUGCUUUUCUGCUCGGUUUUAAAGAGUGAUUCAUUUAGGUAGGUGUCGGACUUCCUGCCAGCUCAGAUUAGUCUGGUCACGCUCAUCUCAUCUCAUCUCAUCUCAUCUCAUCUCAUCAGUCUGCUGAUCCUUCGAUCUGUAUAAAGUCGAGUCUGUGUGAACAUCCCAGCAGCUCUUGACCUGUAUCUGCAUGAUUUUAUGCCCUGUGCUGCUGCCACAUAAUUGGCAUAAAUGAGCAGGUUCCUAAUAAAGUGGACAGUGAGCACAUAGUACAUAAAAUAACUUAGCAUUGUUUAAAAUGUACCAUUCAGUUAGUGAUGUUCAGAAUGAAGAUUCAGCAGUGCAUUAGUUCUUCAAUAUGUGUUCUUUAAUAUGCAAGAUACUCACUAUGGUUUAGCCAUGAACUUAAACAUUGACAACAAAGUUAAUCUGAAAGAGAAAAGCUUCAGUUAUACAAAGCAUGCGUGUGUAAAGUUAUGAGCCAUUCUGUUUCAGGAAGACAUCACUGCAAAUCAGAAAUGUAAAAGUAAUAUCCUGGGGAAAUGUGCAAGGUCACAAACCUCGCUUUUAUUUAAUAAAACUGUUCACUUUUAGUUUAUUAAAA